CUACUCUGACAAUGUCAUCCAUUAAGAUUGAGUGUGUUUUGCCAAAGAAUUGUCGUUGUGGUGAGUCUCCAGUGUGGGAAGAAGCAAGCAACUCUCUACUCUUUGUAGAUAUUCCUGCAAAAAUGGUUUGCCGAUGGGAUUCGCUUACAAAACAAGUGCAGCAAUUUACCACAGAUGCCCCUGUCAGCUCUGUGGCCCUUCGCCAGUCUGGAGGCUAUGUUGCCACAGUUGGAACAAAAUUCUGUGCUUUGAACUGGGAAGAUCAGGCCACAGCUGUCCUGGCCACAGUGGAUAAAGACAAGAAAAAUAAUCGAUUCAAUGAUGGGAAAGUGGAUCCUGCUGGGAGAUACUUUGCUGGCACCAUGGCUGAGGAAACAGCUCCAGCAGUUCUUGAACGACACCAAGGGUCUCUGUACGCCCUCUUUGCUGACCACCAUGUGCAAAAGUACUUUGACCAGGUGGACAUCUCCAAUGGUUUGGAUUGGUCCCUAGAUCACAAAAUUUUCUAUUACAUCGACAGCCUAUCCUACUCUGUGGAUGCCUUUGAUUAUGACCUGCAGACAGGACAGAUAACCAACCGCCGAAAUGUUUAUAAAUUGGAGAAAGAAGAACAAAUCCCAGAUGGAAUGUGUAUUGAUGUUGAGGGGAAGCUUUGGGUGGCCUGCUACAAUGGAGGAAGAGUGAUUCGUUUAGAUCCUGAGACAGGAAAAAGACUCCAAACUGUGAAGUUGCCUGUUGAUAAAACAACUUCAUGCUGCUUUGGAGGAAAGGAUUAUUCUGAAAUGUAUGUGACCUGUGCACAGGAUGGAAUGAAUCCUGAGAGUCUUUUGAAACAGCCUGAAGCAGGUGGGAUUUUCAAGAUAACUGGCCUGGGGGUCAAAGGAAUAUGCCCCUAUCCUUAUGCAGGAUAA